CACUUUUUGAUGAACGAGAACAGAGUGGAAAUUAAAACAACGGUCAGAUUGGAAACAUGGAGAUCUGGACAUCUUUCAUUAUUUUGUCUCUGGUGGUGAUGGUGUCGUGUGGAGAUUCCUCAUGGAGCUAUUCCGGAGGCCAUGGCCCAUCUAACUGGAAAGACAUGGCACACUCAAAAUGUGGUCUUUCUAGACAAUCUCCCAUCAACAUUGACACACGAACAGUUGAGCAUUCCUACAUGUUGCCCGCGUUUCGACUGUACAACUUCGACAAGCCCAUUACUCCGAUCAUUAGUAAUAACGGACACACAGUCAGUGUGACCGUCACAAAUGGCAAUAUGUGGGUGUUGGGAGGUGGAUUGCCCGAGAUGUACAAAGCUCUUCAGUGUCAUUUCCGCUGGGGUUCUGACGACAGCAGGGGAUCGGAACACACUCUGAAUGGCCAACGGUUUCCAAUGGAGAUGCAUAUCGUGUGCAUGAAGCGUGGUUUGCCAAACAUAGGAGCAGCACUGGAAAUAGCUGAUGGGUUGGCAGUCCUUGGGUUUUUCUUCGAAUUUUCUUUUUCUUUAGAUUCGUCCUCUAGUAUCAAUGGUUUCGUACUCGGUGACGUAUUACCCUCCAACUUGACAGAAUACUACCGUUACUAUGGAAGUCUGACCACCCCAGACUGUAACGAGGCUGUUGUGUGGACAAUAUUUCGUGAAACAAUCAAGAUAUCCAGUGAACAGCUGAUGAAGUUCCGAGGACUGCUUACCUCUCACAUGGUGGGUACUGAGUACGAGCCUCUUGUCAACAACUAUCGGCCCGUACAAGACAUUGGAGACCGUAAAGUAUACUUUGCUGACUCCAAUGAUGAUUAAUCCAAUACAAGCAUUGUAGAAUAACAAAAUCCAUGAUGGCAAAUUUUGGAGUGGUAGGUGGAUGGGUGUCGGACGUUAGCCAUCUUGUUUAGUUUUUUUAAUAACCCGCUAUUUAUGAUUAUAUUGUACCAUCACUCCCGUUAUAAAUGUUGUGUGAUAUUAAUUUUGGUGGCUACUCUUCAAAAUAAGUUAAAGAACACAUCUUACAACAGAUAUAAUUAUGUUUUAAAUUGCCGAAAAUAAAUGGAGCUAUAUUUUGGUGUACAAUCACUUUAACCUUGCCUACAUGUACUACAAGUUUGUCGUUUGUUGCUGAAUUGAUUUUGUUUCUGUUGAAUUGAUUUUUGUAUUUACAAUUUUCUUUCUUUUUUAAAGGAUAGAAUGAAGUUUCUAAUAGUAUAAAUAUCUACAAACCAGAUGAAUUUAUUCUUAAGAAUCUCUGAACUCGGUCAAAUCUUACUAAAGAUGUUUGUAUGGGAUGACUUUCUUACAAAUGAUACCGACAAACAUGUAACAGAUGACAGGACAGAAUUCCUUGGUGAAUACUUCUUGUAUGGUCUUGUACAUAUCCUCAAAACCUCAAAUUCGGGCAAACAUUAUAGAUAUUCGGGAAAAAUAUGCCAACCCGAGACCUUUUUAUCAUGAAUUUCCAUAAUUCUACCCUCAAAAUUAGGGUCCAUGUACAAAUGUGCAGUGAUUUGUUUACAACCCUAUAUAGCUGUUUGGUAGUAAUGCUAAUAUGAUUGAAUGAUUUAUUUAUUUUCUACAUUCGGACAUUUUUGUUGAAUUCAGGCAAAAGCAGAGAAUCUCUGAACUCGGUCAAAUCUUACUAAAGAUGUUUGUAUGGGAUGACUUUCUUACAAAUGAUACCAACAAACAUGUAACAGAUGACAGGACAGAAUUCCUUGGUGAAUACUUCUUGUUUGGUCUUUUACAUAUCACAGUACACCUAUAUCUCAAAAAGGUAUCCGGAAUAGAUAUCUGAAAAUAAUUGUGUGUCUGACCCAGUAGUAGUAGAUAACAUGCAGUGCAAGACUUGGGGCAGCCACUUAGUGGCUUGAACGGAGGCCAGGGACAUAUUAUGCUUCGUGGAGGCAUGCAGACACCAAUGUCAUAGCUGAUGAUAAGGAAAUGUUUUAUUUAACGACGCACACUCAACACAUUUUAUUUACGGUUAUAUGGCAUCGGACAUGGUUAAGAACCACACAGAUAUUGAGAGAGGAA